UUCCGGGAAAAUCGGGGAACGACGUCUUUUCUGUGCGCGGCGUUGUCGGUUUUGCAAAAUCACUAUGGCGUCUGUGUUGAAAGAAACCGUUGGGUUGUAUGAAACCUUGAAAGCCGAAUGGAAUAAGAAAAACUCCAAUUUAAACAAAUGCGGGGAAAUACUGAGCAAGCUCAAGAUUGCGCUUCUGGAAUUGAAUUUUUUACCAACCACUGGGACCAAACUCUCCAAACAACAGCUGAUUUUAGCCCGCGAUGUACUGGAAAUUGGAGCCUUAUGGAGUAUCCUGAAGAAAGACAUCCCUUCCUUCGAACGAUACAUGGCUCAGCUGAAGUGUUAUUAUUUUGAUUACAAGGAUGAGCUGCCAGAGUCGGCCUACAUCCAUCAACUGCUGGGUCUAAAUUUGCUCUUCCUGCUCUCACAGAAUAGAGUGUCUGAGUUUCACACAGAGCUGGAGAGGCUGAGUGCUAAAGACAUCCAAACAAAUGUCUACAUCAGGCACCCUGUUUCAUUAGAGCAGUACCUGAUGGAGGGCAGCUACAACAAAGUUUUUCUUGCCAAAGGAAAUAUUCCUGCUGAGAGUUAUACCUUCUUCAUAGACAUUCUUCUUGAUACUAUCCGUGACGAGAUUGCAGGUUGCAUAGAGAAGGCAUAUGAGCAGAUCCAGUUCAAUGAGGCGACAAGGGUGCUUUUCUUCUCUUCACCAAAAAAGAUGACGGAGUAUGCCAAGAAAAGAGGCUGGAUGCAGAGCCCUGAUUGUUACUACUCUUUCAGCCCUCAGCAACAGCGGACAGAGGAAGUAACUAUUCCUUCAACAGAACUGGCCAAACAAGUCAUUGAAUAUGCAAGACAGCUUGAAAUGAUUGUGUAACUUGGUUACAUAUGAACCCCUUAAUUGCUUCCAACACACUUUACUUCAGAUAUUGUUCAAGUUAAAUUGUGAAUAUAAUUCAUUGUGGACACAAAGUGUGUGUUGUGUGGAAAAGAUACCCCAGGACUGGUGCUAGUAAGUACUGGGAUGAGCUGGUGUAAGGGAAUCAGUUCUUUGUGCCAUUGUGGGGUGAAAAGCAUGUCUUUUAAUAAAGUUUUUGAGACCCUU